AAAGGGGCCGUUUUCUCUCGGAUUAUCCGUGAAUCAGCUGUCAUCUUCCCUCCCUCUUUCUGGGAAGGCUUCCAGCUUCCCGGACUCCGUUUCUUUCCUCGGCGACUGUCCAAUCUACUUAUCUACCCAAUGUUUGAAAUCUCAGUUUAAAUAAUGUAUUCCUAAAUAUCAUUUUGGAGUCUUUGGAGUGAAUUUCUUUCAAUUUUCUGUUAUGGCUAUUAGAUUCACCGUCGCCUAUUAUGGCUACGUUGCGCAAAACCUUGCUUCCACCGCCUCCUCAAAGGUUGCCGGUUGCCGGUUCGUCCAUGAGCUGUGUUCCGGCCGUCCCCAUUUCAUUCAGAUCCCUGAUUCUACGGGCUCUCACGAUUCCAGAGGGUCCAAUCACCGCAGAAACUCCAUCAGUCCGCCGAAUUCUUCUAGUUUCUUUUCUAAUUCAACUACGAAGUUCUCUACGAUUGCCGCCGACGCUCUUGGCGGGCGCUUGGAGUCUCCACUGUUUUCGGUCUUGAUUUCUCUGAUCAGUACGUCGUCGUUAUCUGGGGUUUCUACUGCUACUAUUGCUUUUGGGAUUUCUCCACUGAGACGCGCCUCGAUCGUUCCCUUUCUGCAAGGAUCGAAGUGGCUGCCUUGCAACACUCCGUUCGGUAAUGGAGGCACCAUUGUUGAGAAGAACAAAGAUUUUACUUUAUCAGAUUCUAUUCCAGACAAUUCAAAGCAGACAUGGCUGUCUAAGAUGAUUAGUCUGAGCUCUGAUGAUGCAAAGGCCGCCUUCACGGCUCUCAGCAUCAGAUUACUAUUUAAGUCAUCCUUGGCAGAGCCUAGGUCAAUUCCUUCCACAUCCAUGUACCCUACUUUGGAUGUGGGUGAUAGAAUUAUGGCAGAGAAGGUGUCAUAUAUAUUCAGAAAGCCUGUAAUUUCUGAAAUUGUGAUCUUCAAAGCUCCUCUGGUUCUCCAGGCAAUUGGUUAUAGUUCUGGAGAUAUCUUUAUAAAAAGAGUAGUGGCAAUAGCUGGUGAUUAUGUGGAAGUGCGAGAUGGUAAGUUGUAUGUAAAUGACAUACCGGAAGAUGAGGAAUUCAUAUUGGAGCCUCUUGAUUAUGAAAUGGAUCGACUGUUGGUUCCUGAUGGCUAUGUGUUUGUGAUGGGGGACAACCGUAAUAACAGCUUUGAUUCUCAUAACUGGGGGCCACUUCCUAUUAAGAAUAUCGUAGGACGAUCAGUUUUCAGAUAUUGGCCUCCCUCGAGAGCGGCUGACACUCUGCAAAGCCCACAAAUGGAGAUGAAAGCUCUUCCCAGUUCUUGACCUGAUAGCUGUGAAUACUGAAGUUUUCUUCUGUUGAGUUUGAUAUUUAACUAUUCUUUAGUGGCAGUGUGGCACUAGUGGUAAGUGAUAGUGGGCAGCCGAAUUGGUUGAUAGGCUUUUUGAAAUUUUACUGUGCAAUAAAAAUAACAUACAUCCAGACUCUUCCUAGGAAUUUUACUUUUUUUUGGGAUUGAUCUCUCUUUAUUUAGGGAAAUCUUCUUGCCAAUAAAUUGUGACAAGUGAAUUCCUCAACUUAGAUGGCAUGUCCUGCCCAAGAUAAGAAAGAUCCAGAGACGUUACAGUAGGCGUUGAAAGCCCAUAGCCCAGUCCAGCCCAAUGGUGUGAUUUCCGGGUUGAUGUCCAAUCCAACAACACAUCUACAUUGUAUUGAAGCUACUUGAGAUGGCAUCGGCCGGCAUCUAAAAUUAAAACACCUAAAUUUUCCGAUUUGAGGGAUUAUGGUUAUCUUCGUCUCUAGAGUAUAUAACAAUGUGUUUGUUCCGGAAUCCGGACCCCAAGUUUGAUCCAGACAUUUGUACUGCAAUUUUUUAGAGUUGUUGCUUUUGAGCGAAAAUACGUACUACUAGAAACUGAC